UAGCUGAUGUGGUCCCGCUGCGGUGGACUGCCGUGACUGCAGCAUGAGCUAAUGUGUAGAGGCGGCUCUAUCAAAAGCAAGCUUCCAAGCUUUGCUGGCUGCGGGAGCGUUCGCCACCUCCGUCAUAUGUAUCAAUCCCAGGCGGUCCCCACCAGCCACACAUGACGACUGAAGCCACACCCAUCCAUCCCUUCUGUUUAACCUCGACAGCAGACAGCAACCCUCGCAAAGAUAUUCUAUAUUUCUCGUUUUAUAUAGCUUUUGUUAUUAAGUUGAAACUCAUUUACAGAUCCAUCAAUAAAUCACGGGAAUCAUGUCGGAAAAGCCACAGCCACAAGAAAGCAAUGCUGCUCCUGCUGCUGCACCUCAGCAACCUCCUGCCGGCGGUGGGGCUGGAGCUGCAUCUGGAUCUGGAUCCGGGGCCGGGAUAACAGCAGGGCUGCCCAUGGCCGAGAUCACCCAGGCCGCAGAGGCGGCAAAGGCGGCGGCGCGGUUCCAGGACGCGGCGGACGCGCUCAAGAAGCAGGCGGCGCUCGUCAGGGACCCGGCCGAGCGGGAGAGGCUGUGGCAGGCCGCGUACGCCAAGGAGAAGGAGGCGCACGGGGAGAGCAAGAAGGCGAGGUUAAUGGCCUCGGGCUGGGGCCAGGGCACGGGCUUCGGCAUCGGCAUCUCGAGCGCGGUGGGCAUGGGGCUGGGCAACCUCGUCGGGGCGCUGCUGAGCGGCGUCGUCGCCGUCCCCGGCAGCCUGAUCGGGGCGGGGGUCGGCGCGCUCCACGGACCAUGGUACAGAUUCAGCGAGACGAUGAUCGGUGGUGACGGUCAGAAGAAGACAGAGAAGGCUGAUCAAGAUGCUGGUCAUGACAGGCUCGGAAAGGACAUGGACAAGACAUCGCAGUCCGGCGGCGGCGGGGCAGACGGGACGACGGAUGAGGAGGACGAGGAGGCGCACAGGAGGAUUGUUGAUGCGGCUAAGAAGCUUGAGGAGGAGGAGAAGGGACAGAAGUGAGCUGGGCUGAAGUUGGGGAGGGUUCAUGUUGGGGCGACGCCCAGCGGAUCGAAGGCUUGGAAUUGGAUGGAUGGAUGAGUUUUUUUCUUUGCUCAUAUCAGCGUGGCUUGGGCAUUUGGCAGGGCAGCAUACAGCAAGCGAGCAUUGAAUUUGACAUUUUUCGUAUC